UUCGGUUGACGUUAAUGCGGAAGCGCGUUAACGUCAGUCUGUCGGUGUCCCCGGGGGCAGAGUCUGUCCGGUGGCCGUCGGUCCGUCGGUCCGUCGGUCCGUCCUGUUCGUAGAGUUUAAAGCGGCCCAGAGGAUAAAGUCCGAGCUGUGAUGUCGGAGAAAGGCGCUGUUACGGUGGCCCGCACGGUGCUGCAGCAGUGUCUGCGGGCCACGCUGCAGGUGAGACCGGCGGAGGAGGACUCAGAGGCUCAGUUUGUCCAGAUCGAAAGAGGAAUGGUGAUUUACAUCUGCUUCUUUAAAGGAGCCACAGACGACAUCCUCCCUAAGAUGGUGUCCUCGCUGCUCAACCUGCGGCUGUGUGAGUCCGACUCGGGGAAGAUGGUGUCGGUGGCGGAGCUCCCCGGCAGCCUGCUGAUCGUCCCUCAGGCCACGCUGGGCGGGAAGUGCAAAGGCCGGGCCAUGCAGUACCACAACAACAUCAGCAAAGAGGACGGACUGCGGCUCUACGGCGCCUUCGUCUCUCUGUGUGAGCGGGAACUGACGGCGGCCGCGGUGACGGUGAAACACGGGACGUACGGGAACAGACAGGUGCUGAAGCUGGACACCAACGGACCGUACACACACCUGAUGGAGUUCUGAACCGCCGUUAAGGUGUCUGACAACGAAGGCUGCAGGCGUAUUGGGUUGAUAUUUUGGAUUUAUGUGUUUGUGAUAAAGAAACAGAAUGACACAGA